UUGUUAUUCAGAAAGGCGCCAAAUUCGUCAUCAGAUGCUGAGAGUCGUUACCGGGAAUUAUAAGUUAUCAUCCGAUAUAUAACAUCUUGCAACCAAAUUGAAGUCAACGACACCUGAUGACAUUUGAGACCCUGCAGUCAUGAUGCAUGUGGAAUUACAAGCCACAUGUAGUGCACUCGGCUACCUAGAGGGAAAUCGUUAUGUCAAAGAACCAGAAUGUCUUGAAACUGUAAAGGAUCUGAUUCGAUUCCUGAAGCGUGAAGAUGAAACUUGCGAUAUUAGACGCCAGCUUGGUCAUGCCCAAAUUGUACAGAAUGACCUACUUCCACUAGUUAAGCAGCACCACAAUGAACGGCAGCUCUUUGAGACUCUGAUCAGGGUUUUGGUGAACUUGACACAGCCUGCCAUUAUCUGUUUCAAAAAUGCUAUUCCUGUCGAUAAAACAAUGUACAACUACUACCUCGAGGUGGAGGCAGAGCUGCAAGGAUAUAAAGAGGUGUUUGUGGAUGAAGACUUUUUCAGCACCUUAACAGAACGGCUUGGGGAACUGUUGAAGCUGGACUGGGAACACCGACAGGAGGAAGACCGUCUCCUAAUAGAGAGAAUUCUCAUCCUCAUCAGAAACAUCCUCCAUGUACCACCCAAUCAAGACCAAGAACAGAGGACAGAUGACGAUGCUACAAUCCACGAUCAAGUAAUCUGGGCCAUACACUGCAGUGGACUAGAGGACCUGCUGCUGUACAUUGCCAGCUCGGAGGAGGAGCGUCAGUUCUCCAUGCAUGUCCUUGAGAUUGUGUCUCUGAUGUUUCGGGAGCAGACCCCGGAGGUGCUUGCUUGUGCUGGAGUUCAGCGAUCACAAAGUCAGAAGGAGAAAGAUGAAAGGGAAUUGGAGAUGAUGCGACAACAAGAAAAAGUUCAGAAAAUCUCUGAUCAUAGGAAGUUCAGUACAAGACACUCACGUUUCGGUGGGACAUAUGUUGUGAAGAACAUGAAAUCUAUCAGUGAAAAAGAUGUCAUUUUCCAUAAAGCACAACACGAUGUUAAUAAGCUGACUUUUGAUGUGAACAAAAAACCCAAAAAGAUUGCAAAAAACAGACAACCAAUCAAAGACAAGGAUUUGGUCCGAAGAUCGACUCUGAGUAUCCGUCUGGGUCUGAAGGAAUUCUGUGUGCAGUUUCUGGAGAACUGUUACAAUCCCCUCAUGUAUGCUGUCAAGGAUAUCCUGAACCAUGAAAGGACACAGGAACACGAUGAGACCUACUAUCUCUGGGCCAUGCGAUUCUUCAUGGAGUUAUGUCGCCAUCACAGUAAACGUGUCGAGCUGGUGUCAGAGACCAUGUCAGUCCAGACGUUCCAUUAUAUACAGGUACAGAUGAUACAGUACUACGAGAUGCAGAUGAUGGAGAAAAAGGAAGCCAUUGUUUGGGGCAAGCGCGUACAUUUGGCGCUGAAAGCCUACCAGGAACUCCUUCUGACUCUCGACUCAAUGGACCGAUCCAAAAACCCUCGACUGAUGGAGAGCUCCAGAGUACUGAAGAGCAACAUUUUCUAUAUGAUGGAGUUUAGAGAUAUAUUCCUCACCCUACUCAGGAAAUUUAAUCAGAGUCAACAAUCUAGGACUUAUCUUAAAGACCUGGUAGAAACAACACACUUGUUUCUGAGGAUGCUUGAGAAUGAAACACGAAAAAAUUCUCACCUUGUAGUCCAGUCGAAAAAGAAAAAGAGCAAGAAACCACGAAAGAAGGAUGUGGCCAAAGAAAACAAAGAGCCACAGGAACACACACCCCAACAGUUGGAGGACAUGUGGGAUAACCUGUCAUCGGAGUUAUCCACCCUGUUCCAGGGACGAGGGGAGAUACCAACAGAUGUCUCUCCAUUUGAUGCAGCCUCGGAAAUUGAGGAGGAGCAACAGAGGGUUAAUGCGAUGAUCAGCAUACAAGAUGCAUUGCGACAUUCCCAGCCAGGAAAUGGCAUUGCACUCCUGAGAGCUGCCAGGGAGAUCUGGCCGGAGAAGAAUGAGUUUGGGAGUGUGGAUAUCAGUCCCGAGGAGGAGUUUAUGGCCUUGAGGGAAAUUUUCAUGGCCCCACUACCACGAAUGCAGGAGAGCCAGCCGGAGGAGGCGACACUGGAGGGGUAUGAGGAGGGAGCAGAGGUCGAGGAAGAGGAAAUGACAGCUAUUUCUGUGUCUGAGCAGGAGUUCAGCUUCAAAGAAUUUGUGAACAAGUUCAGUACAGGUAUUGUUCUGAAGUGCUACGUUCUACUGCUGGCUGACUUUGACAAGAACACCACCUACACUAACCACUGUGUGGUGAAGUUGUUACAUCGGGUCACUGUUGACCUCGGACACAAGGGCCUCGUGUUCCAGGCGUCCUUGUUCAGACAGUUCCAGCGCAUACUACUUAGCCCACUGGCCAAGCUUGAACGCUACAAGGAGAUUGUAAAGUUUGCCACUUUUACUGUGCGUAACUUCGUGGAGACGGCAGAAACAAACCCCAAAGCUUUCAUGGAGUUACUAUUCUGGAAGUCGAGCAAGGAAGCUAGCGAACUGGUGGAGGGAUAUGGAACAUAUCAAAGUAAGGGGAAGGUAUUGUGGACAGAGGACCUGGAGAUGGAGGUACGACACCUGUUUGAGGAGUACAGGGACCAGGAGGACACUAGCAAGGACGUGGUGGACUGUAUCAUGGAGAGAAUCACAGACCCGAAAAAGACACGAGGUCAGGUCCUAAGGGAGCUGAAGAAACAGGGCCUGAUAGAUAGUGCCAAAGACAUCAAAAGGGGCAAGAAAGGAGGAGGCCGCCCAGGGCCUUGGUUGGAGGAAGAGGAGUUUGACUUGGCAAACCUCUAUGACAGGUUUCAUUCCACAAACGACCCCCUCGGCAGCAUUUUGUCUCACAUGGAGGUCAAACGUAGCAAGUCUAAGGUUAUUGAGAAACUAUUUAGUUUGGGGCUGGUGAAGGAUCGCAAGGAGCUGUACAAGCGACGACAGCGAAAGAGGCGUGGGUCCGGCUCGGGCUCGGGCAGUGACAAUGAAAUGGACAGGAUGCAGCAGAGAGAAGACUUUCAGGAGCUGCCUUCAGACUUUGAAGAGGAAGUGUUGUCUUCUGGAGAUGAGGGCGGGGAUGUGUCUGGUGACGACAAUAACAACCAAGAGAUAGGUCAAGGUCAUACAGAGAAUUCUGGAGCACAAGACGAUAUGGCAGCCAUCAUCACAAAUUUGGUGGGAAAAGGUUACAGCGACCAGAUUAAGUGGAUACAGCGAGGUUUGAGCCGUACAGCUGGGAAUAAGGAGGAGUUAGGUGAGAAACAUCAGCCUGUCAUCACAGAGGUGUUCUGGCGUAUCCCAGGUGAAUGGAGUCCUGCCCAGUUGAGACAGCUUGUGGAAGGGCUGACACUUGAUGAACAGGGGGUCCCAAGUCAGGCUCAUACCAUCAAAAUCCACAAGCCUCCCGCGCCCAAACCCAGCAAGGCCAAGGUCAAGGAAGUGAAGAAGAAGAAGGAUGACAAGAAAACAUCAGACAGGAUGGAGAGGUUGAAAGCUAUGGCUAAACAACGACAGCAAAAUAAGGGCAAGAAGCCCAGGAGAGAUCGAACAAGGAAGAGACGAUCUGCUUCCCCACCUGUAACCAGGGAUGACAGUGAGGAUAGUAUGGAAGAUGAAGACCAGGGUCGUCAAGUCGCUGCUGAGGUGACAGAAAGCCCAAGUAGGGACACCAUUACCAAGGUCACUCCACCCUCCAAGAAAAAGUCCCGCAUCAGACGUGUGAAAGAUUCCGACAGCGAAGACAGUGAUGCUGGGCGUCCAAUGUCUGAUGAUGAUACCACACCGGCACCCGCCAGUGAUACAGAGGCAAGUCAGUCACAGAAGCGUCCUCUAGAUUUGGGUGAUAGUAGUGAUGAUGAUGAACCCUUACAGCCAGCCAAACGCGCCCGUAUCCCCUCAGACACCUCCAAAAAUAACACCCCCACACAGCCAACCAAGCGAGCCCAAAUUUUAUCAGACUCCGACAGUGAUGAAGACACACCUGUACAGCCAUCCAAGCAUGUCCAAAUUCAGUCAGACUCGGACAGUGAUGAUGAUAUCCCCCUAGUAUCAAAGCUAAAACAAGCCUCUUUUCCAGCUACCCAGUUUAGCUUGGAGAUGGGAGGUAACUCUGACUCGGAACUUGAUGACCACAUACCACUUCGACAGGUGCUCAAUAAGAAAAACAGAAUUGAAAGUGACGAGGAUGAAUGAACAUUUAGAAAUCAGACUACCAGAAAAAGUUCAUUUUCAACAUGGUUGUUAAAAGUCUGUAGAAGGAGUUACUGGAGAACAGUUGUUUGCACAUUUGUGGCCAUUAACCUGGUCAGAGAUUGUGAUUUGAAACAACAUUUGUGGCCAUUAAGCUGGUCAGAGAUUGUGAUUUGAAACAACAUUUGUGACCAUUAACCUGGGCAGAGAUUGUGAUUUGAAACAACAUUUGUGGCCAUUAACCUGGGCAGAGAUUGUGAUUUGAAACAAUAUUUGCGGCCAUUAACCUGGGCAGAGAUUGUGCAUUGAAACAACAUUUGUGGCCAUUAACAUGGGCAGAGAUUGUGAUUUGAAACAACAUUUGUGGCCAUUCACCUGGGCAGAGAUUGUGAUUUGAAACAACAUUUGUGGCCAUUAACCUGGGCAGAGAUUGUGAUUUGAAACAACAUUUGUGGCCAUUAACCUGGGCAGAGAUUGUGCUUUGAAACAACAUUUGUGGCCAUUAACCUGGGCAGAGAUUGUGAUUUGAAACAAUAUUUGCGGCCAUUAACCUGGGCAGAGAUUGUGCAUUGAAACAACAUUUGUGGCCAUUAACAUGGGCAGAGAUUGUGAUUUGAAACAACAUUUGUGGCCAUUCACCUGGGCAGAGAUUGUGAUUUGAAACAACAUUUGUGGCCAUUAACCUGGGCAGAGAUUGUGAUUUGAAACAACAUUUGUGGCCAUUAACCUGGGCAGAGAUUGUGAUUUGAAACAACAUUUGUGGCCAUUAACCUGGGCAGAGAUUGUGAUUUGAAACAACAUUUGUGGCCAUUAACCUGGGCAGAGAUUGUGAUUUGAAACAACAUUUGUGGCCAUUAACCUGGGCAGAGAAUGUGAUUUGAAACAACAUUUGUGGCCAUUAACCUGGGCAGAGAUUGUGCUUUGAAACUAUUAUGACCUUGAUCUAAUUGGAGACUGUUAUUGCUUGAAUACAGUUAUGACCGUGGCCGUGGAAACCUUUCUGAUGAUGAGUUUGGAACUGUUGCUAGGGAACACUUUAACCAUCCUCCAGCUGCUAACAGAUAUUCGUGGAAGAAUUGUGUUAGUAAAGGGGAACAAGAAGAACGGUUUCAGUUGUGAGCUCACAUGUGGAAGGGGAAUCCUGAAAGUGAAUGGUAGCUUGUUGUGAUUGAAUGAAGAGUUCAGUUUUGAAAUUUACUUACAAUUAGCAGUUGUAUGAGUCAAUUUAAAAAACUUAAUGAGCACUUGUAAUAUAAUAUAAUCCAGCUACAAAGACAGACCUUUUGUGGAUUAUAAAGAAGAAAACACAACAUGUGGUGAUGGAAAUUUUUCCAGAUGACACCAUAGUCAUUUGUUGGGAUUUAGAGAUAACAGGUCUAUGUAAUAUGUUCCAUGUUGCUUUUCAUUAUGGUCGGGUUUAUUCUUAUUUCUUAUAUUGUAUUGCAUAAUCAAGACAAAAUCUAAAAUAAAAUAUAAAAAUAUUAAUAUUAUCACACG